AUGGCCCUGUGGCCACUCCGCGUCUACACACGCAAGAAGCGGGUGGGCCAGAGGCUCAACCUCACCCCGGCGCUAGACCAAGGCCUCCCCGUCAAGACCACCGAAGCCCCACCAGGCCCAAGGCGGGGCCUGCGCUAGAAUGGUUUGCCAAAGAUUGCCGAGAAAGAGGAACAGAGCAGGCUAGGCGGAGGUGGUGGCUCUGCGGGGCCAAGUGCUCAGUUACAAGCUACAAGAGAAGAUACUCGAAAAGAAAAUAGCAUGAGAGAAGAGACCCCAAAUGAGAUGAUCCUGCCACUCAGUGAAUCAGUGACUGAUGACUUCCAGGUUGACAGUAGUUCAUCAAAUAGUGAUCUAGUGUCAGGACAAAGUUUGCUACAUGAUACUCCCAGUUCUGUCCUGAGCUCUUCAGUUACGGACUUUUAUACAGAAUUCAGAAGCAAUACUGAAGAGAGUAUAAGUAACUUCUCAUCACCUGAGCAGUUUAGAAGGUCUGAUUGUUUGGACUGGGAAUGUCCCAACUCGAAAGAACAUAGACAGUGCAAGAAUUCCACUCUUUUGGAUAUCAGUAAAGCAGUAGCGAUAGAGAAUGUCACGCAGUUUUCAAACUUUUCUGCAAUUGUGGGAGUAAAAUAUACUAAAAAUAAAGCAUCUAUAUCUUUCUCCAGGUUAUUUGAAAAAUUGAUGACAUUAGCAGAUCAAGAUAUUUCUCCAAAUUCAAAGUGUACUUCAAAGCCAGCAUCAGAUAAUGCAGCUUGUGAGGCUUUACUUGCUGAGAAAACUUGCCUUCCAACCCUUGAAAAUACAAAGCAAAAAAAAACAAAUGCUGUUAUUCCUGAUGAGAAGAACAGAUGCCUGUUAACAAGUACUCCAUAUUCAAAGAAAGUCGAUUUUGUGGUUGAAUUGUCCUCAGUGCGAAAAGCAACUUUUGAAGAACUGUUUCCAAAUGUCAGCAAUUAUGUUAAUUCAAAUGAAGUCACUCCUAUAUCACGUUCACAAGAAAAUUCAAAUGAGUUUCCUUUAGAUGAACCAGAAAUUUGUUACAUUAUUAGGGCAUCACCUGGAACUAGACAAGUUAAAAAUAAAGAUGUUAUUAUAAAGAAGAAGAAAUAUUCCCCUCCUAAGGAUGUUCCUCAAGGUAUAGUAGCGUGA